AUGGCGUUUCGCCAGGUGAGUACUGCCAGUGCCUUGUUGCGCCAUUGUGCCGGACCACGCUUUCGCAAGGACUUCUUCACGUUCAACGUCUCGGCGCAAGUGGUGGCAGAAGGGCCCUUACCGGUGGACUGCAGAUUGCUGGAGCCGCAUUAUGCAAUUGUGAUGGCGGCACUGGGUUUGCUUGCCCUGGUAUCACUCCUGCAAGUUGGCCGAACAGCUUUCAGGUCCUGCCGUUCACAGAGUCGCAGCCCGCGCUUCGAGCAUUCGCAGUCGGAGAUGUCCUUAGGUGGGAUGAAGCUAAAAGGCCCGAAAGCCAAGACCCUUUGCGGGGCCUUGAAAGACUCAGACAGUGACCGAAGAGAAUGGACGUCAUGGGACUCAGCAACCUUCAGGGAGCACUCUAUGGUGCCUAUGGCCGUCGCCCUAGGUUUGACCCCAACAGCAGUUUUGGGUCUCCCCAAGAGAGUGCAUGUUUUGGAUGUCAUGGAAUCAGGGCAACUUCCUCAAGAUGUGGUGUAUGCAGGCCAUGGACAUUUUUCACACAGGCUUAGCCCUACCAAAUGGGAGAACCCUUUUGUUGAAGGCAGAGAUGGAAGCGCCGCUCAAGUUCUUAUGAAGUUUAUUGCUCAUUGGAACGAAUUCCAAUUGGAGCAGUUUCUUCCUGGGCUCACAGGGUGCAGGAUCGCAUGUGACUGCCUCAGUAACGAGACCUGCCAUGUUGACGUGAUCAUUGCCAAGUGGUUGGAGGCAAAUAGCAGGGGACAGCCCCAGCGAUUGGGUCACAGGUCAGUGCAGCUGACCAGUGGACGGGUCUGGAUAGCAGCAGUUAGAGUAGUCCAUGCUGUUCCGCAGAUGUUUUCACAAGCUGCUGCAAUGGCAGCCAUUCGAGGGCAAUUCCCAAUGUUAUCAUUUCAGGAUGUUAAGUGGCCUCUGCUGGAAGACAUCAUUAAUUCAGCGCCUUUCCAGAGUUUUCGAAUGUGGUUGUCAGAGAAUGGACAAGUGGCUGAUGGGCCCAUAGGAUCCAGUAUGCUCAACCGUACUGGGACAGUUGUUUUUCGUGCCGGCAUGGCAGAGCAAGCAGGUGCUGGUGCUCGCAAAACAGCCGCCCCCCCUGUAGUGCCGUUCAACUUAGCCCCAGAUGAGCAUUUCGCUGCAUCGCUAAGGGUCCAAGCCGACGGAGGACCGCUCGAUUUCCCAGCGCCAGUGGACUUGGACAUCGCCUUUGCUGCACAAGGCAUGGUGCAGGAGUUCAGCAGCUUGACAGCUGCCAGGCAGUUUGCUGUCGAACAGCUCCGGGCCCUCAGUUAUAGGUUGCAAGAAAUUUCUGAGUACAUCCGUAGCAUGCAAGUGCCAGUGUUGCGAGACGUGAAUCCUAGCGUUCAUUUCAGCCUUGUAGCCUUGCUUAUUGCUAUAAUCCAUUGGCCUGAUACUGGGUUUUGCCAAGCUCUUUUCAAUGGCUUCCCAGCCGUCGGGUUUUGUCCGCCUUGUGGUAUCUGGGACACCCAACCUGCUCAAUUUGUUUCCUUGGAGGAUGCACUUGCAGGAGGACCGCGGGACGCCCAGGAUUUGCUGAAGCAAUUGCGGGUCUCCGAGCUGGAGACAAUUGAAGAAGCAGGUCGGAAAGACCAAGCCAAUGGAUGGUGCUCCGAGGAAUUCGGAUGGGAUGAACUGCAACGCAGAUUUCCAUCAUAUAGGCUGAUUAGAAGAUUCGUCAUUACACAAGCUUCUGGGAAGAAGCGGGUAAUUGAUGAUGCUGCAGCUGGGGGGCAGAGUCUCUGGAGUGCAGAUUCCAACAAGCUCCAGUUCUGUAGCGCGUUGCAACCAUGUGCCCAUGUCCAAGCCCUAGCACAAGCCUGUUCGCAUGCAGGGGAAAGUAAUCUGCUAGAUGAUGUCGUUACAUGUGGCGAAGAUUUGCCGGACGCCUACAGGUUGAUGGCCAGUUUCUACUACGACGACUGUACCCUCCAAGAUUGGAAUAGUCAUGCAGCCGCAGCCCAGCAGUGCAUGUGCACAGCUAUGGAACUGCUAGGAGAAGAUUCUGGACAUCAUAGCUACCGCGCGGAGAGAGCUUCGGAUGCUGCGCAAGAAGAGGGUUUUGGUUCAGGAGGAUUCCUGUUGAGUGACAAACACUGGGUUCGCCGUGGAGCCGAAGUGGUGAUCACUGAGGCCCGAUUUCGCGGCGGUCAUCGCUUCGAGUUGCACUCCAGUCGGAUACGAAGCGAAGAGGAGGUGGGCUGGUGGUUGUGGUGCCAUCUCUCUGCUCAGCUUAGUAUUCUCGAGAGGCAGAUCCAGGCGGAAGUCUUGGCUUUGAAAGCUCUGCGUGCCAGAGCCAAGUACACACCGAGGCCCUCGAUUGCGGAGAUGGAGAGUGAAGAAGAGGAUGAUCCGGGCCACAUCGAUGGCAAAGGCGACGACGUGGCCAGCGCCAUGGCAAUCGUCCACAAGCGGGUGCUCGAAGGCGUUUCUGCUUGGUGCACUUACGUCGCAGAGGGCCUCUGUUUGCCGUCUGGAAUGGAGAAGAACCAAUUGAAGACCUUGGCCCGAAGCAUCGAGGAGAACUCCACGCGACCCUUGUCCAAGCUUUUCGCUGAGGCACUGUUGUUACGCACCAUGGAGUCGUUGAGCGAGCAGAUCCUGCACUGCCCCGAACGGCUGGCGUUUCUGUACUUCAAAAUUCUAGUGGCUUCAAAGGAAGAGCUAGGAGAUGAUGAUCUCCAGCCGAUGAGUGCAAUCCUGGACUUGGAGACUUUACAGGAUGGUUUGGAUCAAAUUCAAUUCCACUCCAAUCCCUUCGAGUGGAAGAGGAUGCCAAACGGACGAGGGUCGCUUGGUAUCAACUUCGACGACAUCAACGAAUGUGGCAUUCAAUGUCGGGAUGAAGUGGUGAAGACGUUUAAGGAACCUCGGAGCUUGAUGGUGGUUCUGGAUUUCCUCAUUUGCUACCGAGUGCCUUCCAUGCUCAAGGUAUGGACGCUCCUCAUUUCCGUCUACAUCUAUUUGGGCACAGGUUUCGGCAAUGACAUCACCACGUCCUUUAAUGGUUCUUGGUACAAGCCGAAAUGGUUGCGGCUCAACUUCAUCCAAUACGCCGCAGCAGCCGAUGCAGUUGCAUGGGUGGUGUUGGAGACCCUAACGAUCCUGUACACUUGUUGGCAGCGUUGGCCCUCCUUAUGUCGACGUUCUCCCGGGGUCCCAGGUCUUAAAUGGAUCAUGGCUCACUUCCUCAAUGCCUUGCUCUCUGCUGCGGGCUUUGUGAUGGUCUGGAGCAAUGGGAAGUUUGCGACAAAGCCCUGGCAGUGUCGCCAGUCUGACAGCAACGAAUGCGUGGAUGAGCGAGCUGCCACCUAUAUGGACCUCUGGAACACCUUGAUGUGGGCCAUCAUCUACUGGUUGGCGCGGGUGAUCCUCUUCUGGCUCUCGCACCGGAGGUCCUUUCCCAUGUUCAUCCACGGGACGCCUUGGAACAACGUGCGGAGGGAAGGUGGCAGAGGCAGCUGCGACCAAUGGAAAGCCAAUUGUCGUGUACGCAUCAUUUGGAUCUUGAUGUUGACGUGCAGCAUUGCCAUAGAAGUGGCGAUCAUCCUACCAUCCAUGAAAGGUUUGGAUCUGAACACCGCCUGCGGUUUGGAUGUUUUGGGAGAUGUCAUCGGUCUGCCGUUUCAAGUGGGCGACUGCUCCGAGAAGGAGAGCCUCCUGGAUUUUGGCUGCGUGACCUGCAUCGGGAGCGUGCUGAUGGCGAUGCUGCUGGUAUUCCUUGGCUCAUUGGUCGAUGUGUACUUUGUCUUCUACAUCUUCUCGGCCAUUUUCGGCAGCAUGAUGGGCCACCGACGACAUCUGAACGAUGUGAAGAACAUCUCAGUGCCCAUCGAUUUGAGACCCGGCGUGGGAAAAGAUGCCUUUCGCUUCGAGGCGGCUUUUGGACCGCAAUGGCAAUUGGUUUGGAGAGAAAUUGUUCAGAGCUUGUUGGAUGAGUCCUACAUCAGUCCACGGAUGGCCAAGUGGUUGGUCGAAGCCGCAGGCAUCACCUUGGACGGGACCGACCUCCAACGCCGAGACAAGAAAGAUCAGCCGAUCCACUUGUCACGCUUCCCGUCCAUGGCUGCGGAGCGUUUGGCCUUCUUCUUUCAGUCCUUGUCUUGGAUCCAGGACCCAGGCAGUGGAAUCACCUUCCGCGCCGAGACGGAUGCGCUCACCUCUGCGAUGUUUGAUCCAGGGACCGUUCCGUCCUUGACGCAGAUCAUUCCCGCCUACAACGAGGUCAUCAUCCCUUCGGUGGACUUCUUACGCUCCGGUGCGCUGCCUGAGGAUGCCAUGAAUCAAAGCCCAGAUGAUCAGCAUGGCAUCGGCGACCUCACGGCACCCCCUUUGGGCGAUGGGGUGAAUCCAAAUUUGGCCUUCAUCAUCUCCCAAUUUCCAGAGGAGUGGAUGUUCUUGGCCAAGAGGCUAUUCCAUGAGGGUCGGAUAGAGCAGCCGAACUCGCAUGAGCUGUACAAGAGCUUCAUGAAGCGCAAACUUCGCGAGGAGUUGGUCAUCGAGGUCAGGUUAUGGGCUGCCAUGCGAACGCAAAGCGUGGCCAAAACUGUGGUGGGAGCAUUGCAAUGUGCGCGGGCGUUAGCAUCACUGCCAAAGAUGAAGCAGUACUACGCGCAGUUCCCAGAGAAACGAAGCCCUGAGGACCACGCUGAACUGAUCCUUGCACAUCAGACCUUCGGAUUCAGAGCACCUGAGGGCAGCCCCGAAAAUGAUGAAGCGGUCAGGCUAUUGCUGUCCAGGCAUGCGAACGACCCUGUUUUCCUGGUCUUCGACCUCACUCCGUCCACUUCGGAAGACGUGUGGUACAUGGUUGAGGCAUUCCUUACCCGAAGAGGAGGAUACCAAUUAGGUGCCUUCACCUAUGCCAGCGUGAAGUGCAGGUGGGAUGCAGCUGUCGGAGACCUGGCUGUCCUGGAGGUGUUACCCCGAAAGUAUCCGCUACGUUUAGGUCAAGGCGAGUACAAGACGCAGGGCAAAGCCUGCAAUCAGCUCAAUGGAGUCCGCUUUGCCUCUGGUCAUUACAUCCAGGCUUUGGACUGCAACAUGGGCGCUUUCAGGGGUGAAGGCUUCAAGGUCCCUUACGUCUUGCGGCUGUUUAUGCCGCUGGACAAGAAGAAUCGUGUGGCCACACAGUGCCGCUACUUGGGCUUUCGCGAGCACAUUUAUACCGGAAGAGAAGGAACUGUGGGCAAGUGCCACGCGGCAGCGGAAUGGACCUUUGGAACCAUCUACCAGCGAUUUUUGAGCGGUAUGGGUACACGAAUGCACUACGGGCAUCCCGAUUUUGUCGAUGGAUUUUGGGCCAGAAACCGCGGAGGAAUGAGUAAAGGCUCUCCCGUGGUGAACCUCAGCGAGGACAUUUUUGCAGGUUACAACGUCCACAUGCGUGAGGAAGCAUCACCGCAUGUGGACGCUCUGGAAUUUGAGAAAGGCAGAGAGGCAGCCUUCAAUGCAGCGUCCAGCUUUUUCUCCAAGAUCUCCGGCGGAAGCGUCGGAAUUCUUCGGUCAAGAGACAAUCAUUUACUUUGUGAAAGGAUUGGCAUUCUGCACUCGUUAUCGUUUUACUUCACGUCGGUGGCCUUUUAUGUGAGCAAUUUGCUCAUCGACAUUUCCAUCUCUUUGUAUGUCUCUCUUUUCAUCGUUUUCACCUUGGCCAACAUCGAUCUGACCAAGCUUUCGGCCUUGGGAUCUUCUUUUAGUUCUGAGUGGCUCCUCUCCUUGGGAAUCAUGAGCCUUUUUCCUCAACUUUUUGAGAUGAUCCUGGAGUUCGGAGCGGUCCGAGCGUGUAAAGAGGUCUUCGGUGGUUUGAUUGCAUCGACCAUGUUUUUCAUUUUCCAGAACAAGAACAUCGCAGCCGCAAUGCGCGAUGGCGCAACGUCAGGUGUAGCAAGGUAUUUCUCGACGGGUCGGCCCCUGGCAAACCAGCACCAGACCUGGAAGGAUAGCUACAUCAGUUAUUGGAAGUCGCAUUAUUGUCCGGCCAUUCGACUUAUGGUCCUUUACAUUGUCUACAACCUCUUGGCCAGUCAGACCUUCCAGGGUCGACUGCCGAUGUUUUUGGUGGUGGUGUCCUUUGUCUCUUGGAUGGUGACUCCUGUGAUCUUUGCGCCGUUCCCACGGUGUGAGCUCAUCGAGCAGGAUUUGAGAGAGUUCAACGGCUUCAUCAACGGUCGUGCCGGGAUGUCAGAAAAAGAGUUACCUGAAGUGGUCGAGCGAGGACAAAGGGGCCGAGCUCGUACGAUCUUCGAAUGUGGGCUGUUGGAUUCUGUGAAUUAUUGGACGACCAUGCCGAUACUCGUCCUUCUCUUCAAUCUUCUAAGCAGGUUGAUCUUGUGCACCACCUUGGCGCUGGCUCUACCGGCAGAGGUGAUCGACUUUCUUUGGGUUUACCUCGUGGUGCUCAGUGUGCAAUGGCUGCUGGUGUUAGGCUUUUUCACCUUCGGUCUCAACAACAUUCUUUUGAUGCUUUCUUUGAUGGUGUGGCUAUUGGUUUUGCCCGUGGGCCGCUUGGUCAUUGGCACUCGGGCCGUGAGCCCAUCCCUCUGGAUGCGGAUGCCGGAGUAUUUCAUCUCCUUUCUGGUCUUCGUGGAGUUUCUGGGUUUGGUUCAUCAUAUCUUGAUGACCGCUUGUCGGAUUUUCAUCCACAUGCAGGCCACUGGCUGCUGCUUCGGACUUGAAGAACGCAAUCACAGGAUCCAACGCUGGGUACGCUUGGCACACGUCUAUUUCUUUAAUCAUCAGCUUCACACGCUGCAGGCCUACAUUGUGUUAUUGGCCAAUUUGAUGACCUCAUUGUUCAUCGCUGCCCUGGACAAGGUUUGCUGCAGGAUCCAUACAUGGUGGCUCCUGAAUUAUGAACUGGCCAGGACAGACAAUCGCGAACAAUACCUGCAGAAUAAGCCGACUCUCUUAGAACAGGAGUCCCAAAGGCACGGACACCAGUCAGAGACCUCCAGUUUCAUGGGCGGAGAAACCUCUGAGGAAGCCGCAGACAGCAGCUCCUCAGAGGCCUCGGCGGAGUAUGGCUGGCUGCGUCACAGAGCCGAUUGCUUCCGCAAGGACGAGAAGGUACGGUGCGCGUGUCCGAAAACGACCGUCCGUGGACCUCUUCCCCAUGGCCUCCACGGACUGUGUCGGUGUGGCCUCCGAUAGGUGUGAGUACCAAUAUGGCCUGAGGCGACCCAGGCGCGGUUGGAGGAUGCGAUUCGCUGCGAUGCAACGAUGCAACGCCACCACACGAUAAAGCAUGAGUUUUAUGGUUUAUCGAAUUUUG